AUGUCGGCAUCCGCUGCUGCGCCCACGCCGGCCAUUCUGGCCUUCACUGAAACGGCAUCGUCCCUCGACCAUAUCCGCCAAGCUCAUGCCCACAUGCUCAAGACCGGCUUCAUAAACUCGCCAUACGCCGCCGGCCGCUUGGUCUCCUCCGCCGUAAGCCUUCCGGAAGCCGAGCGGCCGGCGGCGGUGGCGUAUGCCCACUCCCUCUUCGCCCGGGUCGGCGUUCCGAGCUCCUUCAUCUGGAACACCAUGAUACGAGCGCACGCCACCUCCGGCAACCCCGCGGCGGCGCUCCUCCUCUUCCGACGGAUGCUCCACUCGCCGGCGGUCCCCGACAAAUUCACCUUCCCCUUCGUCCUCAAGGCCUGCACCUCGCUCCAAGCUGCCGAGGAGGCCCGCCAGGUCCACGCCUACGCCCUCAAGUCGGGUCUUGACUCCGACAUCUUCGUCACGAACACGUUGAUCCACGGGCUGGCGUCCGCCGGUUUCACCAUAGAGGCGCGCAAGCUGUUCGAUAGAAUGACACAUAGAGACCACGUAUCCUACAACGCGCUCAUCAGUGCGUAUGUAGAGCAGGGACUUAUGACUGACGCACGGGCUCUGUUCGAUACAAUGCCCGAGAGAACUACAGAGACCUGGAAUUUCGUGAUAUCUGGAUACGUGAAGCUGGGGCUCGUCGACGAGGCGAUGGAGCUCUUCACUGCUAUGCCGGUGAAAGAUGUCGUCUCUUGGAACGCCAUAAUCACCGGCCUCAUCCGUGAGGGCCUCUUCUAUGAAGCCCUGGCUCUCUUCCGCGAGAUGCAGAGCUCAGAGGUGCGGCCUGACGGCUGCACGCUGAUCAACGUGGUAUCCGCUUGCGCGCAGGCUGGGGCGCUGGCGCAAGGUGUGUGGCUCCAUGCUUACGCGAGCAAGAACGGCCUCAGAGUGGACGGCUUCUUGGCCACAGCGCUGGUGGACCUGUACUCCAAGGGCGGGUGCAUAGAGAAGGCUCUGCAACUGUUUAACAGCGCUCUGAAGAAGGACGUCAGCACCUGGAAUUCGAUGAUAUAUGGAUUGGGCAGCCACGGCCGUGGGGAGCACGCUAUCUUGUUCUUUCGGCAGAUGUUGGCCGAGGGUUUCUCGCCCAACGCGACCACCUUUCUGAGUGUCCUCUCUGCUUGUAGCCACAAUGGUCUGUUGGACGAGGGGCGAAGGAUCUUCUAUCAGAUGGUCGAAGAAUACAAUAUCGGACCCGCAGUCGAGCACUACGGUUGCCUGGUCGAUCUCCUUGGCCGAGCGGGGCUUCUGAAGGAGGCCGAGGAUCUGAUAGACUGUGUGCCAUUCAAGGGCGAUGCUUCCGUCCUCUGGGAAUCCCUGCUGGGUGCUUCUGUGCGCCACGGGGACCUCGCGCGGACGGAGCUGGCAGCGAAGAGGCUGCUGGAUUCAUGUCCGAGAGAGAGCUCCGCCUUCGUCCAACUGUCCAACGCGUACGCGGCCAUGAGCAGAUGGGACGAUGCGAGGCGAGUUAGGCUGAUGAUGAACCUCAAGAACAUAAGGAAGCAACCCGGGUCAAGCACCAUUGUGGUGGACGGAGUCGUCCACCAGUUUCUGGCCGGCUCUUGCUUCUAA